ACUACGCUGUACGGCGGAAAGUACGACAAUCCUCAAGACCUCCUAAUGGCCCCCUCAACUACCGUCCCGAGUGUCGCGGACAUCGAGGUCCCGGAGACCCUCCUCAAGAAGCGCAAACAAAAUGAAAAGGCUCGGGAGGAGCGCCUCGCUGCUGCAGUUGCUGCCCGCAAGGCAGCCAAGGCAAAGCGAAAGGUCGUCUUCAAGCGUGCCGAGGCACAUGUGAAGGAGUACCUUUCUAAGGAGAGGGAGGAGAUCCGACUCAAGCGUGCUGCCCGUACCGCUGGCGACUUCUAUGUCCCCGCGCAGGCUCGCGUUUACUUCGUUGUCCGUAUUCGUGGUAUCAACGAGAUUGCACCUAAGCCCCGCAAGAUCCUCCAGCUCCUGCGUCUCCUUCAAAUCAACAACGGCGUCUUCGUUAAGGUCACCAAGGCCACUGAACAGAUGCUCCGUCUCGUUGAGCCUUACGUCACUUACGGUGAAGCCAACCUGAAGUCUGUUCGUGAGCUCAUCUACAAGCGCGGUUACGGCAAAGUCGACAAGCAGCGCAUCCCCCUUUCCGAUAACGGUGUCAUCGAGGCGUCACUCGGCAAGUACGACAUUCUUUCCGUGGAAGAUCUCGUCCACGAAAUUUUCACUGCCGGACCCAACUUCAAGCAGGCAUCCAACUUCCUCUGGCCUUUCAAGCUCUCCAACCCCACUGGCGGCUGGAGACAAAGGAAGUUCAAGCACUACGUCCAGGGCGGUGACUUCGGUAACCGUGAGACCAACAUCAACACGCUCAUCCGACAGAUGAACUAGAUUAUUGGUGGAGGGAUGUUGCUGUGUCGAUGCGGGAUUGAGGUCGCAGGGCCAUACUUUUACCAUCGAGGGGGGUUAUGCUUGGCAUGCGCUUUGACUUGCUAUUAUUCUCUGUAUCCUGUAUGCCCAUAUGACGACCCACACAAAACAUGUUUGCAGAGCAUGCUCUUCGUCUAUCUUACGUAUAUGUGAAUUAAUGGUGCGACGGCUUCAAUAAAGAACAACGCUUAAAUAGUGC